AGUGCAUGAAGUGUCCAAUUGUAACCUCUCUCUCUUAAAGUCAAGCAUUCUGCAAUUUAAAAAUAUGGCCAUCAAAUAUGCUUUGUGGUCCAUCAUUGUUUACCUCGUCUGUACUGUACCGUCUGCUAAGGCAAUCAACUGCAAAGGCUCGGCAAAAUAUACGUUGACUUUUAAAGGAGAAUGGUCCAGCUCGUCUCAUCCAAAAGACUUUCCUUCGAAUCCACAUUUCUCAUCUCUUGUUGGCUGUAGUCAUAAUGCUUCCUACGUGAUGUGGAGACCAGGGGAAAAAGCAAGUACGGGAGUGAAAAACGUCGCAGAAACUGGUAGUUACUCUGAAUUAAACAAGGAGAUGGACAAUCAAAUAUCGUCGAAGAAAGCUCACAUUAGAUACCGUGGUGCGGGAAUCAGUCCUGGUACAGCAAGUCGAAUAAUCACUAACAUCGAAGUCACCUCAGAUUAUCCUCUUGUGUCCUUCAUUACCAUGAUAGCCCCCUCACCUGAUUGGUUCGUUGGUGUUCGCGACUUUGACCUAUGCAACACAACAUCCGGGGAAUGGUUGGACUCGAGAACACGUGAUCUUCCACCGUACGAUUCGGGAACUGACAGUGGGCUCAACUUUAAAAGUUCCAAUGACCCAACCAUACCUCCAGAAAAUAUUCAUCUUCUUACGAACGACACAGAGGGCUCGUUCAAAGGCGAUAAACCCGUACAGAAGUUUGGAACGUUCACUUUUGUAAAGACUUCAGAAGACGCAGGGGUAACCACGACAUCUGCUGCAACGUCUACAGCCUCUCCGACAAAAGCCUUAUCAACAACUCCUCCGAAGGAAGCCAAGGCUAAGUCGUGCAAAGGCUGGGCGGAAUAUACGUUAACCUUCAAAGGAGAAUGGUCAAGUGCUUCUCAUCCAAAAGACUUCCCGUCCAACCCUCAUUUCUCAUCUCUUGUUGGCUGUAGUCAUAAUGCUUCCUACGUGAUGUGGAGACCAGGGGAAAAAGCAAGUACGGGAGUGAAAAACGUCGCAGAAACAGGUAGUUACUCUGAAUUAAACAAGGAGAUGGACAAUCAAAUAUCGUCGAAGAAAGCUCACAUUAGAUACCGUGGUGCGGGAAUCAGUCCUGGUACAGCAAGUCGAAUAAUCACUAACAUCGAAGUCACCUCAGAUUAUCCUCUUGUGUCCUUCAUUACCAUGAUAGCCCCCUCACCUGAUUGGUUCGUUGGUGUUCGCGACUUCGACCUAUGCAACACAACAUCCGGGGAAUGGCUGGACUCGAGAGCACGUGAUCUUCCACCGUACGAUUCGGGAACUGACAGUGGGCUUAACUUUAAAAGCUCCAAUGACCCAACCAUACCUCCAGAAAAUAUUCAUCUUCUUACGAACGACACAGAAGGCUCUUUCAAGGGCGAUAAACCCGUACAGAAGUUCGGAACUUUCACCUUUAAGAAGACCUUUGAUUCAAACCCGAUAAAAAAGUCCUCUUCAUCUGAAGUCCUGCAGCCAAGCAAAAGCCAAUAUCAGCCAAAUAUGCCUGUGAAAAGUUCAGACAUCGCUAUUUCACACGAUGUCAUGACAAGCUCUACACCGCUACUACCCGUAGAAAAUAUCCGAAGUACAAAACAAUAUGUUCAAACUCUAGAUCUGACACUGAAUCCAACGUCAACUUCAACGAUUAUCGCUAUGAAAAGUUCAAGCAUGAAGAUUUAUUCCAAUACCAAAGACAGAAGGAGCUCCUCGCAACAAGCAGACAUGGAACACGCACCCAGUGCAAAAACUACGGGUCCAGCACAAAUGCUGAACCAAACAGCGACGAUUACCGCGACAUUCAGCUCCCAGAUAACUCCAACGUUUAGCACCACAAGUGGAACAUCUUCAGUGGAACAAUUCAGUUUUAUCUAUAUCGUUUUUUCUCUCUUUGUAAACCUGUUGUUGUAACUGCGAGAAUUAGUAUAUAACGUAGCAGUUGGUAGCUAAAAUGAUUGACAAAGUUUAGUUGUAGCCUUUUGCAGUAUCUGCAGCAAUGGCCAAGAUCAAUAUUUAGUUUUGUUCUGGUCUGGCCAAGCGGUCUUUGCAAAUGUCAAGAAACCACUUAAUUGCCGCUCUUUUACGAACUUUUGGAAAUAUGCCAGGUUGUGGCUUAUAAGGCCAAUAAAAAUACAAACUUUAUAAGUGUUCUAUGUACAUGCAAUUUCCAAUUCCACUCCUAAAAUUUUGGCUACCAACAUCACUUAUAUAGCUGUACUGUAUAUAUACUAGAUACUUAUAUGGGGAUCACGUUUCCAACUUGCGAAAAUUUAAAUAUAAUUUUUCUUUUUAUACGGGUAUACUCGAUUUUUAUCCAUUUGGAUAUAGCCUAAACGUCAUAAACGGUUAGACUCUAGUGACAAAAUGUCAGCGAAUUCACAUAUAGGUGUAGGAUUUUUGUCAGCAUUGGGCAAUGAAUGAGAAAAUAU